GCGAAGAAUCGGCGGGGACAGUUGAAUCCAAGCAAAUAUGUGACAAAUUCAAAUUUGCAAAAAUGCCCACCUCCAAGUUUAAUCGCGUUGUCUCGUUAGUGCUUCUUUACGGCGUCGUAAAACCGGUGACGUCAUGGGAAUUUAAGGAGUUACCGCACCUUAUGAAUGAACACGAGCUGAGUUAUUACUUUGGGAGUAACCACCGCGAAGAGUUGCCAUUGUUUGAGGUGUUCUCACCCCGUGGUGAGCCCCUGUACGCAAGUGACCUAAAUCGUACAACUGGAGGAGGUGGGUUAGUGUUACGGGUGCCGUUUCAAAGUGACGUAGUGCGGUUGAGGUUAAGAACGCGCACCAACCUGGUGACCAAGCGGACCAGAGUGGUGACGCGAAACGGGGAUGACGGUGGUAGUACCCGGGAAGAGUUGCUUCACGCGAGGGCGAACGAUUGCCACUAUCUGCACGUGGAUCACCAGUCGAGUGCGGCCGUGACGAGUUGUGAUUUUCGGAAUUAUCACGGCAUCGUCUUCUUACCUAACCGCACACUCGAAAUCCAACCCUUGAACAAGCGUUUACGUAAUCUGGUCCCAUCGCUGUACGGCCACUUCCUGCUAGAGUCCCAAAACCUGCACCUGAUCAAGCAAACCACUUUCGAGAGUGUCAUCAACGUGGACGACGUCCUAGACCGGAAGAACAUUCUGAACAAGCAACCCACGAUCAACAACGAUGUCCACCUGUUGGGCGAUACUUUGGCUGAACGGAACUACACCCUAGAUGGGUUGGACGAGGUCGAGCUGGAUGUUCCAGCGAUGGGGAACCAACGACUUCGCAAGCUGACCAUCGAGUUGGGACUGUUCUUUGAUGAAGCAGCCUACAGGAUCUUCGCGCCACAUUUCGACAACGACGAUUUAAAGUUGAAGGACUUCAUCUUGGCGUACGUGAAUGCCAUCCAAGCGCUGUACCAUCAUCCCUCGCUUGGUUCUCCGGUGGACAUUACGGUUGUCUACUUGGAGAUCAUGAAAAAGCAGCCUAAAGGAAUGCCACACCACGGUGGCGAGCGGGAAUCGCUGCUGGAUUCGUUUUGCGCGUAUCAGAACAUGCUGAACACGGGGAACGACGGAGAUCCGAAUCACUGGGAUUUGGCGCUGUACGUGUCCGGGUUGGACUUUUACGCGAUUGAGAAUGGCCGCCGGAACGGGGUCACCAUGGGACUGGCCACCGUUGGCGGUGUCUGUCUGGGGGAGUACGCCUGCGUGAUUGCGGAGUUUGGAACGACCAGCGUGUUUGGGAAGCCCUAUCCAUCGGCUGGGUUCACUUCGGUGUACGUUUCGGCGCAUGAAAUUGGGCACAGUUUAGGAAUGCAUCACGACUCGGCGGGGAAUCCGUGUGCCAAGGAUGGCUACGUGAUGUCACCCUCGAGGGGAACGCAAGGGGAAACCACGUGGUCCAGUUGUAGUGCGGCGGCGUUGAAGCAACUUGCUUGGGCCGACUGCUUGUUCGACUCACCGACCAAGACUCAGAAAGAGUUGGAUGCUUGGAAGUUCAACGGAUAUCCUGGGCAGGUGUUUACUUCCAAAAGGCAGUGCGAGAUAUUGUUGGUUGACAAGGACGCCAUCGCGGCCCCCACCUCCGGGCUUGAACGCAUCUGCGAGAAUCUCCAGUGUCGCACGCCUCAUCGCACGGGAUUUUAUUUCGCUGGUCCCGCACUAGAAGGAACUGACUGUGGCGAUAGCAAGUGGUGCAUCGGGGGAAGCUGCGCAAAGCAGAAAAAGAAACCGCUGAAUGUGAUUAAGGGAGGUUGGGGCGAAUGGGUCACUGAGGACUGCAAUUCGGGUUGUUUGGAGCGGUCUCGUGGGUUCCAACAGAGAACCAGGCAGUGUGAUAAUCCGAAGCCGGUCAACACGGACGCCGGAUGUGAGGGAAGUACGUAUGACGUGGUCGUUUGCGACGAUGAGCAACUGUGCCGGGACAAACGGCAACCGAUCGAGAUUUACGCAAAUAUUAGGUGUAAGGAGUUUAGCAAGCUGUUGAGUAGACUUGAUCCGGCUGGGCGUGGGCUUCAGGGGCCGUAUGAUGGACACCGGUUGUGGAUGAGUUGUGCCAUCUAUUGCAAACGGGCGGAUAGUGAUGCGUACUAUGCGCCACGGUUUGAUUUGAACGAUCUUGGGGUGGAUUCGUACUUCCCGGAUGGAACGAGGUGUCACUCGGAUGGUACAACGAACUAUUACUGCCAGCAGCAUCACUGUUUGCCGGAGAACUUCAAAACAUCCAAGAUCUCGAUCUGGGCCCUGACCGAGGACAUUCCCAUCCCGGGUAACGCCCUGCCCAUGCGGACCCACUUCCUGGACAAGGAGCUGUUCAACUACCUGUCGAUCGACCGGUACGGCCGCCCGCUGGUGCAGCACUGGAACUACCGACCGGUUCCGCACGAGGACGAUGGCGAGUUCCCGGACAUCGACUAUCUGGAGCUGCCGGAAGAGGUCCGCAAGGCAACGCACCGGCAACGGUGAAUUUAGAAUAUGAUGGAGUGUUAAUUUAAGAAAUAAAUAAAUAAUAAAACGAAGGGAAACAUGUUUUCUUUCUGACUU